CUGAAAGUAAAGUUCCUGCACAGGAUCCAUUUUGAUUUGACGUAGAAGUGUAAUAUAUAUUUUUCAAUAUUUGAACUGAAAAAGAGAAGACAAAUUGUUUCAUAAUGAUUCAUCAAAGAACAAACCAGAGAGAGUGAUCAUUUGGAGUCUAAUCAGAUAGAGAGAGAAGAGGGGACUGCCUCUAAAAUGAGUCUCUCUGGGGAGAGGGAGGAGGGCGCCUCUGCCUCUAAAAUAAGUAUUUUUGGGGAACAUGACACCACAGCUAAGAGUAUCAUUUCCAGGGACCAUAUAAAGGGACCAGCAUCUCCUGUACCCAGCUGUGUGUCCAUGAAGAGUGACCGGUCUAUGAAUCAACCUAUAGGGUUCAGAGAGGGAGACGUCUCUACUGAUCAAAGAGACCAACAGGAGAGAUCAGAGUCUGAGAUUCUCAGUGGUCAAUCUGUCCAGAGUCAUCAAACAGACCUGUCCUCUAUAUUCAGUUUACUUGAACAGAAUAUCAUGACAUUUGUGAAGAAAGAGUUAAAGAGGUUUAAGACAAUGCUGAGUUCAGAUCUCCCAGAAGGAUUCAAGAGUCAGAGGGAGGAUGAGGAAGGUGUGGACCCUGAAGAUGAGAAGCAGGAGAGCAGUGCCAAAGAGGGGGCUCUGAAGAUCACACUGCAUGUCCUGAGGAACAUGAACCAGAAGGAUCUUGCUGACACACUGGAGAAAAAUGAGCUUGCUGUGAUUUGCCAACAUGAUCUCAAAUCUAACCUGAAGAAGAAGUGUCAGUGCUUAUUUGAGGGUAUCGCUAAACAAGGGAACCCAACACUUCUCAAUAAGAUCUACACAGAGCUCUACAUCACAGAGGGUGGAAGUGGAGGAGUCAAUAAUGAACAUGAGGUGAGACAGAUUGAGACAACAGCCAGGAAACAAGCAAGACCAGAGACAGCAAUCAAAUGUAAUGACAUCUUCAAACCCAUACCUGGACAAGACAAACCUAUCAGAACUGUGCUGACAAAGGGUGUUGCUGGAAUUGGAAAAACAGUUUCUGUGCAGAAGUUCAUUCUUGACUGGGCUGAAGGAAAAGCCAAUCAGGAUGUCCAAUUUGUAUUUCCCCUCCCUUUUAGGGAGUUGAAUUUAAUGAAAGGGGAUAAACUCAGUUUGAUUCAACUCAUCAAUCAUUUCUCAGUUGAAACCAAUAAAGCAAGAAUCUCUAACUACAACAAAUACAAAGUUGUGUUCAUCUUUGAUGGUCUGGAUGAGUGCCGACUGCCCCUUGACUUCCAGAACAACAAGAGCUGUUAUGAUGUGACAGAGUCAACCUCAGUGGAUGUGCUGCUGACAAACCUCAUCAAGGGAAAUCUGCUUCCCUCUGCUCUCCUCUGGAUAACUACCAGACCUGCAGCAGCCAAUCAGAUCCCUUCAGGGUGUGUUGACCAGGUCACAGAGGUGAGAGGGUUCAAUGACCCACAGAAAGAGGAGUACUUCAGGAAGAGAUUCAGUGAUGAGGACCUGGCCAGCAGAAUCAUCUCACACAUAAAGACAUCAAGGAGCCUCCACAUCAUGUGUUACAUACCAGUCUUCUGUUGGAUCGUUGCUACAAUCCUUGAGCACAUGAUGACUACAGAUGAUAAAGGAGAGCUGCCCAAGACCCUAACAGACAUGUAUUCACACUUCCUUGUGUUUCAGUCCACACACAGGAAUGUAAAGUAUGAUGGGAAAAAAGAGACAGAACCACACUGGAAUAAAGAGAGCAUUGUGACACUGGGAAAACUGGCUUUUCAACAGCUACAGAAAGGCAAUCAGAUUUUCUAUGAAGAAGACCUGAAAGAUUGUGGCAUUGAUAUCAAUGAAGCAUCAGUCUACUCAGGAAUCUGUACACAGAUCUUUAAAGAGGAAUGUGGGCUGAACCAGGACAAGGUGUUCUGCUUUGUCCAUCUGAGUAUUCAGGAGUUUCUAGCAGCUGUCUAUGUGUUUCUCUCAUUCAAAAACAAAAAUAAGAAUCUAAUGGAUGAACAACAAUCAACUGAUGGAAACGUUUCAGUGCAGUUGAGGUACGAGCCUGAAGUAACAUUUUUCAAGACUGCUGUGGAUAAAGCCUUCCAGAGUAAGACUGGACACCUGGACCUUUUCCUUCGCUUCCUUCUGGGUCUCUCACUGGAGUCAAAUCAGAAGCAUUUACAAGGUCUACUGAGAGAGACCAGAAGCAGCUCACAGAGCCAUGAAGAAACCAUCAAGUACAUCAAGGAAAAGAUCAGGGAGAAUCCCUCUUCAGAGAGGUGCAUCAAUCUGUUCCACUGUCUGAAUGAACUGAAUGACCGUUCUCUAGUGGAGGAGAUCCAAAGAUACCUGAGUUCAGGACAUCUCUCCAGAGAAGAACUGUCACCUGCACAGUGGUCAGCUCUGGUCUUUGUAUUACUGACUUCAGAAGAGGAGAUUGAUGUGUUUGACCUGAAGAAAUACUCCACAUCAGAGAAAGGUCUUCUGGGGUUGUUGCCAGUGAUCAAAACCUGCAGAACUGCUCUACUGUCAGGUUGUGGAAUCACUGAGGAAGGCUGGGGCCAGGUGUGUCCUGUCCAUGGUGUUGACCCUCAGGGGUCAGGGACCAGGUGUGUCCUGUCCAUGGUGUUGACCCUCAGGGGUCAGGUGUGUCCUGUCCAUGGUGUUGACCCUCAGGGGCCAGGGGCCAGGUGUGUCCUGUCCAUGGUGCUGACCCUCAGGAGUCAGGUGUGUCCUGUCCAUGGUGUUGACCCUCAGGGGUCAGGGACCAGGUGUGUCCUGUCCAUGGUGUUGACCCUCAGGGACCAGGUGUGUCCUGUCCAUGGUGCUGACCCUCAGGGGUCAGGGGUCAGGUGUGUCCUGUCCAUGGUGUUGACCCUCAGGGGUCAGGUGUAUCCUGUCCAUGGUGCUGACCCUCAGGGGUCAGGUGUGUCCUGUCCAUGGUUGACCCUCAGGGGUCAGGUGUGUCCUGUCCAUGGUGCUGACCCUCAGGGGUCAGGUGUGUCCUGUCCAUGGUUGACCCUCAAGGGUCAGGAGAUCAGAGGCUCUGUAGGCGAUGACAUCACUGUCUCCACUAUUCCCGAGAAGGGAGGGGGAGCAGAGUGA